AUGUCCUGCGGAGCACGAAUAAGGGAAGAGUUCCGUCUGCAGUCGUUCCACCUGACGCACCCAGACAGGAGAGCGUUCACCAGAACACCGUGGUUCAGCAGUCCAGUACCGUUCCUGAUCUACCGCACAGUGAUAUGUCUGUACCAGGUCUGCACAUGCGCGACUGUGAUCUCGCUCUACUGGAUCAGCCUCAAAAACUUGACCUACCUGACCCAACUGGGUUACAUCAUCCUCACAGCUCACACGGUAGUGAGCGCCCUGCUCUGCUUCGCCGACCUCUUCUGCAGUCAACGUCGCCCGAGAUCAUCCGACGACUACGCGAGUUUUCCCGAAGUUAACGUCACAACAGUGAGGACCACAGACGCCAUUGACCAGUCCACACACCCGUGGUACUACAAAGGGUACUGGGUCUUGUACAACGUGGCCUUCAGCGCUGGCCUCUUCAUCACGGUUGCAUUCUGGGCAUUGCUCGCGGAUAACGCAGGCGUCUACAACAUUCUAUUCCACGCCGUCAACUCAGUUGUCAUUGUGAUCGACGUCAUCAUCAGCGGGCUGCCGUACCGAGUGUCUCACAGGGGAGAGAAUGCACCCAGCAGGGGGGACGGCACGCAGUCCUCGGCUAAAGCGGGAGCUCGGUACAGCCGCGUCAGGGAGCGCUUCGAGUAUCUCCCAGCAUGCAAUGGGGUGCCUUCCUUUGCGUUCGCGUACAUGCUCUUCACGGCCAUCUACUGGGCAGCGGGCGGUACCGACAACAACAACAAUCCUUGGAUUUAUCCAGUCCUCGAUUACGGAGGGAACCCCGCCCUGGCCUCUGGUAUCGCCGCUGGGAGCGUCCUGGUAGCCAUCCCGCUGUGUCACGUGAUCCUCUUCGGUCUCGCUCUUGCUCGCGAGACCUUGUCAGAUCUUGUGAAAAGGCGCAGCGAGGGUACUCAACCGGAACAACGCCGGGAGGAAGAACGCGCCUGA